UGAUAAGAAAAUUCUUUAUUCAGGUUCAAGAGACUCCUAAUCCAAAUAGUCUGAAGUACUAUACAGGCAAGGAUGUAUUAGGGUCUGGUACUCAUGAUUUCCCUUCAAUUCAUGACUGCUCCAUAUCACCACUGGCAAGACAACUGUUUAGGAUAGAUGGGGUUGUAGGAGUGUUCCUGGGCCCAGAUUUUGUUACGGUUACGAAGUCUGACUCACAUGAAUGGAAUCUUAUAAAGCCAGAGAUUUAUGCUUCGCUAAUGGAUUUUUAUUCGAGCGGUCUUCCAGUCAUUUCCGAGAAUGCAUCAAGUCAAGUGUCCGGUAACCUACAUUAUAUUCCGUUGCAAAUGACUAUUAAUACGCAAAAAUACUUUUGCUGGUAUAUAUAUAGUCAUUAUUUAGCUUGCUUUUUUAUUUUUUGGCCUUUCAAAUCGUAUAUAUUGCAUGAAAUAAGAUCACUUAUAAGAAAAACCUUACUUUCCAUGCCAUCCUUGCUGUAA